UUCUUUAUUUAGAAGGCAUCCAACGUAGUGGGGGUGCUAGCCCCGUACGCGACAGCAUGGUCUCUGAAAGCAUGCAGUCAGGCCAUGAAUUCGAUCCCAACGACCCAAGACUCACCCGUCUGAACAACCAUGCUCAAACACAGCAUCAUCGUUCAUCCGGCCUGUCCAGAGAAGCAUUCAAUGCUAAUGAAAAUGAUGGUGACCUACAAGAUCUGGGAAACUCUGAAUUAAGCUAUGAGAUGGUUGGAAAGGAAGGAGAAAUUGCUUCCAAUGUGCAGGAGGGAAUGCGUUCAGAGAUCGCCAAAUCAGAACGCAGUGCAUCUGUACAUAAUGCACAGGUAUGACUUACUUAUCUUGUCCGUUAGUGUAUCUGAUCGUGCACUUUGUAGGAUGAUUAUGUCGAGCCUGGACCAGAUGACGAACCAGGACCCAAAUUCGUCUCCGGCUCGUCAUUCGGAAAUCUGGGCCCUCCUCCGGAACACAUUUUUGGGCCGCCGCCACUUGCGCAGCCACAACCUCAGCCAGCGGUUCGUAGUUUCGCUUGUCCCUGUUGAUUACGCCACUGAACAUUUCCGAAGUGGUACACUAACGGCACACCCUCUCAUGCUGCGAAUAUUGCUCUUCCAGAGUCGGUAAUGAUGACGCCUCGUAGUCCGCCCAGGGCACCAUGGAGUCAGGCGAUACUCAGGCCUAUUGGCAGAGCUUCUGCAAUGACACCAAUGACAGGGGACGUAAAUAUUGAUGUCGAACCUCCGACCGACCCCAGUUAUCAUUCUUCAAAGCAACACUCUAGAGCCCCGUCACGACAUUCUAGGCGCUCGAGUGGCGGCAGACAAGAUGUUGUUAGCCCUCCCCCACAGAGUCAGGCCCAGCAGCAGCUCCCUGGCAUAACGGUGAACAUUAACCCAGAUGGGUCAACAACAAUCAGCAUCGUGAGUGUGCCCGAGUUCCUUCCCGUAGUCUUGUCUAAGUAGAACUCUUUUGAAAGCCCCGUGCCUCGCCGGCGGUUGAAAGGCCUCUUUCUGAGAGGACCCCAACGGAGAGAGUGCCGACCGAGAGAGCGUUCUCCGAAGCUCCAGAUGAAUUACGUUCUCCAAAGGCUCCCUCUCAGAGACCGGUAGCAUCCGUUGCAGGAACUCGUCGUCCGUCAGUUGGAGAAGCCGAUCCUGCUGUGCUUCUCUCGCCUGGUGCACAAUCUCGAGCUUUGAGGUCCCCAAAGCCGACUUCGAAAGCCCCCUCGAAAGCUGCAAGUCGGGCGGCUUCCCAAAUGAGCCCUGUAGAAGCCUUCAAACCCCUGAAUGGUUUUCAGUCAUUCGGCUUACCACCAUCAGCCGACUAUGCGGCUCCAAUGCCGUCGCAGAGGGCAGCAUCGCAGAAAGCCCAAUCAACUGCAGCUCACUCCCAACGACCAGCAGCAUCUCACAAGGAGCCGUCUGAGUUUGGUACAAUUCCAAAUGAAAUCACUGGCGAUACGGGCUUCAAUCGUGGGGCUCGCGAUGGUGGAAGACAACCGAGUGCAUACAACAAUUAUGAUGCCGGAGGAUAUCCUGAUGAUCGGGUAAACGGAUACGUCAACAAUGCACUCCGCGCAGGAGUAACUACUGUAUCAGGGUCGACACGGACGGGUAGUGCACAGCAGUCACCUAUGCCGUUGCCUCUGCCAGCCCACAUGCACCACAGGAUGCCGAGUAGCUUGGAUUCUCGGAAUUCACGCCCAAAGAUGCAGACAUUAUCGCCCGUUCCGUCCGCCCCGAAUACCUUGCGAACCAAUGGUGAUGAUGCUCUCGCUACUCCAACGCAAUCACGUCCCGAAAGCCCCGAAGCGGAAGAGCUGAAUGACUACGAGACUGAGAUCGUGCAGGGAAUUUUGAGCGCCCGUACCCCGCGAACGUCGAUUGCGCCGUCUGUACUCGCGGAAGAGAUCAAGCGCUCAAACUAUCAUGACGAGGAUCUGUGUAUUCUUCUGCAUGCUGCAGAUGAUCCCUCGCAACACGAUAUUGUCAGGAAGGCGCUGAGGAAGGCGGUUGCUGCUCGCAUCAGGAAACUUGGUUAUAAGAGCGAUAAAGAGAGCAUUAGGCAGUAUCGGAAAAAGUUCCAUAAUCACGAUCCGAGCUGGCAUGCUACGAAUGGUCCAAGUUUCAAUCCAGACGAUCCGCCUGCAUGGGCUCGAGAAAUGAUGGAUCAAUUGCAUUCCAUGGAGAAUCGCGUUGCCGAGCUCGGUCCUCAGAUCGCAAAGCUCAGGAAGUCAGAUGGCUCGCGGACUCGUACACAUACAACAACGUAUCACACUCGGGGAGCGCCUACAACAGAGACUCAAGAUGAGGAAUGGGAACGCACACCUCGAACGCAGACAAUUCCCAUCGGUACACAAAUAACCGGUGCUGACGACUCCAUUUAUAGACAGCCCGAAACGGAGUAUACUAUUCCUGGAGAGUCCAUGGGUCAAGGCACAGCACUUGGACCUUCAGCAACCGAGCAAGACGAAUUCGAAGAUGUUGAAACGGAGAAGAAUGGUCAAGGACGAGUAUAUGUUGACCAGACACCUCGAACCCGUACUACUGAUUUUGCGUCCUCAUACGUACCAAAACGGGCUGAUCUACUUUCGUCAACUGGGCGCGGUGAGUCACCUGGACAGCAGGUACUGGAAGAAGAGUUGUAUCGACUGCGGGCCAAGGACAAACAGGCGCGUUCUACAGCUAUGACUCACCAAAGCUGGGAAUUGCGUCAAGAAAGCGUUGAUGGCCGCCAGGCAUCUCAUGCUGCGGAAUCGGAGAUACCUGACAUUGAGGAGGAAGGGCCUCGAGGAGAGUCUCCGCCUCUUCCACCGAUUCCUGUAGAAGCGCAGGGUGCCGUUAAUGCAGCGGCGGCCAACGCAGCAGACGCACAAUCUGUGAAUAAUGAACGCCAGUGGGAGUAUCAUGAAGCUCCACCAACUCCACCGUGGCAGCGCAUUCACCAGCGGCUUCUCAACUGGGCGAUUGUAUGGCCUAUGAGCGAGCUCGAUAAUGCCUUGGCGAGUACUCAACGUGGAAAUCAGGUGGACGAGGUUGCGUUGAGUGUAUGGUCGGCACAGAUGUACAAACGAUAUGUGCGCCAACAAUUAACGGAAGUUCCACCGGGACGAGUUGACAGGCUGUUCGUCCCACCGAACAUGGCGGAUGCGAUCAACAAUGCAGUAUUCCAUGGACGGCACGGUGAUGCGUGUGGAAUGCUUAGAGACCUCUGGACGCCAUUUGGACUUGAAGGCAUGCCGAGAAUCAUUGUUGUUCUAUGCAAGCACAGAAGCGAUCCCAACCACUGGGUUGCACAUAAAUUCUCCCUACCAGACGGGACUCUCACCACUUAUGAUACCUACCCCGAGAAGUGCCUGCCGGAUGGACGGCCUCUUGGCUGGUGGUUCGCAAUCCGUAUAGCAUGGCCUGGUGCGAUGUAUCCAAGUCCAGACCACCUGAUGCAGAAGAUGGUUCGGUUACAUCGUCCGAUGCAGUUGCCGAUCGAUAACAGUGUUGCCGCGGCGGGCAUUUGGAGGAACUUACUAAUGGGUUCUCGCGCUGAACGUCCUGUUGACCUCGAACGUCUCCGUGAUUUAAUCAAUACUGAAGUUAAGAAUCUACGUCAACGCAAAGAACAGGGCAAGCUCUCCGUCGCUGCUGCCAUCCGACAGAAUUGGAAUUGGGACGAUAUGGCCACGUGAAAGUGAACGAUUCUUCUUCAAUUGGACUUACUGACUUUCUUGAAACUGUUUUGUUUGGCCUUGUCUUUCUCUCCUCCCUCUUCCAACCCCUUUUCCUUUCCCAAUUGUGAAUUCGAUUCGACAACAGCGAAGUUAAGCUUUGAUUACCUGUUUACCCUACUUCUCUGCUCCUAUCGCAGUCGAAGCUUGAUCUAUUCUCUUGCCGCAUCUGAUCGUAGUGUAGAAUCUAAAGUUGCCACAUAUAUGUAAACUUCUCGGACCCUGAUGUCUCCGAAGGUGUGUUGGAGGAUCUGUAUUUU